UCGGUCAGUGUGGCGUGUGUCACGGGUGUGUGUGUGUGGUGUGUGUGAGCCCGCUGUAGUACAGCCCAGUACGAGCUUCUCACAUGAACACAUACUGUAGCUGUUUGUUUCCAGAGUAUCAAAUCAGAGUGUGUUGCUCUCUCUUUUUUUUUUUUUUAACCUUCAAGAAGGAUCUGAGUUCACUGAUCGCAAAUAAAACGAUUACGGAGGAGCUGCAGGAAGUUUACUGAAUUAACAGGAGCAGAGAAUUGAUCAUCAUCAUCAUCAUCAUCAUCAUCAUCAUCAUCAAUAUCAUCAAUAUCAUCAAUAUCCCAAACUACUGCUCAGCUUACCUUUCUUGACCAAUAUGAAGGAAACUAUUGCUCUUUGUAUGCUUUUGCUCUUCUGUUUCUCUUCUUUCAUAGAAGGUGAAGAUGAUCUCAACUCACCCGCACGUCUACUGAACUUCACCACGCCGUCCACCUCCUCAUCUCCGCAGAGGUCUUCGACUGCAAAGCCAGAAUCCUUUUCAAGUCCUACGCUCAACGCUUCCUCCAAGGGAGAUCUUUCUGUUAACACCACCCGCAGCCAGAGCUUCAAUGAUACAACGGACAGCACAGUCGCUCCAGGUUUUCCUGCAGGAGCUGAUGAACCUAGGUUGAAUACUCUUGCACCCAUUAACAGUACUACUGUUCUGGGAAACCUAACAGACGCCCAAGAUGAUCUUUCAGUUGGAAAUAACCAGACCUCAACAAUAUCCUCCACCUCCUUCACCACCACCAACACCACCAACACACCACUUCCUGGGCCUAUAACAACUACAUCAGCUCCCACACUCUCUCAGAGCCUUUCUUCCACCACUGGUCCUCAGAUUACCACAAGCCCAUCAGCAACAACCACUCAAAGCAGGGGCAACUCCACAACUGUUACCACCAAAGACACUGCAUCUGCUCCAACCACCAGGACCAUCAGCACAACUACCACCACCACCACUGCCCAGGCUAAGAGUGUAGACUCAUCCGAGCUAAACGUUGGAGACGACACUGAAUACUCUGUUACAUCAAUGGAUCCACUCUUAGUCGGUCUGGUGUCUGUGUUUGUCGUCACCGCUGCCGUUGUGUCCCUUUUAAUUUUCCUCAAAUUCAGACGCAGAAACGAACGCCCGGAAUUCCGUCGACUCCAGGAUCUACCCAUGGAUGAUAUGAUGGAGGACACGCCUCUCUCUAUGUACAGCUACUGAGUGGUCACAAGAAAUCUUUUGGCAAAGCCUUGAACAACACCCAGGCCUCCUCUUAGCUCAUCUCGAAUCCCUUUUUAUUUAUAACCUUUCAUUGUUUGUACAGUUCCGAUUUAGCAGUUGGAACUGAACAAAGUCCGGAUCGAGCAAGCUUUGAUUUUAGGGGUCUUUUGUUUUUUUUUUUUCAUUUGGAGGAAGAACAUCACAAAGUCCUGCGCUAUACAGAAGCGAGUCUGUUGUUUCCCUCAAAAACAGGGGGCUGCUGACUCUAUCGGGGGGCCUAAUUCCAUUUUUAAACAGGCAAAUGGACGCUUAAUAUUAAUAUCUGAUAUUUCUUUUAAACAGAAACCCGAGGCUUGGUGGUUAAAUGACAGGCUUAGUUUUGUCUGGAUCAUUUUAAAUCCCUCAUAGUGAGGGUGCAUGAGGAGGAUAUGAUCUUUAAACACGUCCUCCAGUCCAAAUCCAUCUCGGUGCAAAACUCGUUACAUAAAAUGACACGAUAUUCAGCUUGCUUAUAAAAAUUGGAGACCAAAGGAGUAAUGUGCCUUUUACUUCACAAUUUUUAAGCUCCUGGUCCGCUGUAUUUGUUUGUGUGUGUGUGUGUGUGUGUGUGUGUGUGUGUAUGACUGGCAUUUUGUGUUUGAUUUAAUCACUUUUAAUGCCACAGAAUAAUAGCGGAGGGAUUUACGCCUCUAAGACGCUACUGGGACUCUAAACAAGUGCACACGGAUUGUUAUGCCUGUAUGCAAAUGACUCAUAGACAGUGCUACGUGUAAAACACAUACACCUUUUUCCCUCCGAUCCUUUAAAAAUCCAAAUUUAAUUAGUCAUUUCUCAGUCAUUUAAUAAUAAACAUUUCCUCAUUCACUGAUUGAUGUGUUUCAGAUUUGAAAACUAUUAUAUGAUAGAAUUGAAAGAAACGAGCUUAAAUAUAGGGGUUUUGACUGACUAGCAUUGUAUAGUGUGUGUGUGUGUGUGUGUGUGUGUGUGUGUGUGUGUGUGUGUGUGUGUGUGUGUUAUGCUGUAUACAUGACUUGUGUUAGGAGACACAAUGCAGUGUUUGGUCUGCUCUUGAAGAAAUGAAAGCAGUCCAGUAGACCAAUCAUUUAUGUAUCAUAAAUCAGACACGGUAUCAGUGCCAGGAUGCUGUUUUUCCCUUCGAUUCAAAGUAUACAACAAACGUACCCACUUUAAUUUAGAAUUUAUAGUCGAAUUGAAAUUCAGGUUUCAUUCUUUAGGAUUUCUCUAUAAAUAGCCAGAAAGAGGCCUUAAACAGAGCCCUGAGCUCUGAAACAGUCGAUACAGCAGAAGAUCUGCAAGGUCACAAAAUGCUAUUUUAAUUGAGAGGUUCGUUUCGAGCUUUGGGAAACGCUGACCAGAAAGGAGUUUUGAUGUUCGGAUGAUUGGUGAGCUGCCUGGAUGAGCGUGUAGUCGUUCGCUUUGUAGUCUGUCAUCAGAGUCUACGGUGAUCGAUUGAAUCAAACCCACAAAUACUGGUGUCUGUUCUAAAAAAAAAAAAAAAAAAGAAAAUGUAUCUAGCAAACACUUUCUGCCAUUUUAGGGACUGUGUGUGGAGAGAGAUCACAUGGUGACAGCAAAUGUGUCGUUGUUGAAUUUUUUAUUUAUUUUUUUUAUUCAGGGUUCAGCUAAUAAUAGAUACUGCAGAUGCAUCAUGUGUGCCUGAUGUCGUCCUUUUUUCCGUGUAAAGUGAUCUAGGACUUAAGCUUUUAACUAAACCCGCCAAGACGCUCGUGUGUGUGAUCGCGGAUCUCACAGCAUCAACACGCUUUUAGUGUCUCGCUAUUCAGUAGGUUAUGUUUGCACUUUAUUAUGGGAGGUGCGAAAGGGGUGGUGUGUUGUAUACAGCUUUUUUUUUUUCAUUUUGUAAAAGUGAAAUCCAAUCUUUUUUUUUUUUCCCGCCAUGCUUGUAAUCUUGCUUGUAUUAGCUGGAUGUUCUGUAAACGUACACUCCUGAAAGGUGCUCAUUAUUUGCUUUGUAAAUAACAAAAAAAAAAGCUUGGCUCAAUCGUGUUCUCCUGCGCCGCAAGCGCCCAUAACGAAAUGUCCAUCAUUUCAUAUUCAGUGAUUGAUUACGGUGUGUGAAAUGCGCUCACGUGUCUGUGGAACGAGUGCGUGCUUGUAGCGAACGGAGCGAUCCUGUCUGUACAGAGCACUAUAGGAGCGGCAUUGAUCAUCGAGGCAACACAUGUUUUUCCCAAACAUUUCUGAGCUUAUUCCUGCCUUUCGAUCUGCUCUAUCAUCGUUUUCACCAUUGUACAGCAACCACAAGUAAAAGGGUUAAUUUGGUGCCUUCUGCACAAUGACUCACAGCAUGUGACUGCUUUUUUUUUUUUUUCUUUCACUUUUUAUUAGUAUGUGAUCCAGAAACAAAUUUGCCAUACGCAUUUGUUUUUCGACAUUUACUUCCUUCCAAAUUCUGCUCUCCACCUGAACAUCAUUGUCGAAUAAUGUGUUCAUGUUCAAUAUAGCAAUGUUGCUGAGUCUUCUGGCUGAAUUAUUAAAGUUUGUACACGUUUAUAACUGAGAAAAAAAAUUAAAUAAA